AUGACCAUUCGCGCCGAGAACUACGCCCUCGGCAAGCAUCGGGAGAUCGUCCCGAUGUGUUCGAUGAAGGCGAGCUUCAUGCCGAACAUGGAGUUCGUCUGGCCGACCGAGGUCGUUCUGCCGCGGCUACGCUUUCGCGCGAGCUGGAGGUUCAUGGACAUCAUCCCUCCACCGCCAGUGCCCCAAGUGCCGAAAAUCAACACAUUACGGUACUUCAAUGGACACGAGAGCCUCGGGCUCUUGUUGACUAUGGACGAGCUGGACGCGCUGCCGAACCCUCCAAAGCUGGGGGGCUGGCUCUUCUUAGGGCAUCCAGGAGAUGUUCAAAGCAUCUUCAAUACCGGCGUGCACCAUGCGCGACGGAAGAAGACUGGAUGGAAGCUUCCCGUCUCGUUGCCUCUAAUUGCAGACGUAGUUGAAGACCGUCCCGGAGCGACGCCAUCUGUCAUUCAACUUCUGCCAGCCAUCACCGUGCAGAUGUUUCCUGCCCAGCGGGGGAGGCACCAGGCUCGGUACACCCCCCGGCAUCAUUACUACACUGCCCAUCGAAUCGUGGGCUGCUGCGCAGGCAACGUAUGGGCGCGCAACAUCUUACGUUCCCCCUCCCCUAACCCAAAUCCCGUCUUCAAGCUGGCCGAUGUGACGGCUGCCAUGUACGCAGGGAAUACGCGCUUGGAAUACGCAAGUCAGCCCCUCUGCUCAAUGAAGAGACGUUUGUCCGCACUUGGAGUUACGUGGCCGACCGGUCUGGCUCAAGCUCGAUCGUUCAUCGAGGCGGACUGGACGGUGGGCAUCAAUGAGAGCGGUGAGACGGUCGCGACCUGUUCAUCGCUGACAAGGAUGGAUACGAGUUUCUUCAAUACCGCGCGCUCAGUGUGGCUGCAGUCGGGCGCCUUACAUCCGGCGUUCGAAGACAUCGCCUAUGCUCGACAAUGCCCGGAGAACAAGGCGAUAUCGCAUGUCACCGUGCUCUGCAUGGAGAAGGAGCACCUGGGGCGCCUUUUCGACUAUUGUCCACUGUGUCUCCCGUCAGACUGCCCCAUGAGGCUUCUACGUGCAGCCCAAGUUGGCCGCACGGUUGGCAUUGAGGGACGCGCUGGAGGGUCUCCAGAACCCUCCAAGCUCGAGGGAUGGCUCUUUCCUGGAGCCAUCAAAUCGGCAUUCAGGCGGGGCGUUGCCGGCAAGCCUCAACGGGGAUGGAGAGCUAAGGGUUAUCCUUGCUCUGUAUACGUCAAGGCUGCGGCUCUUCUUCCGCCAGCCCAUCACCGCCCAGAUCUUCACCGGGCUUGCUGGUGGAGGGACCCUAUUCUGCGGUACCGGCCCGAGGCCUUCGACAUGUACAACCUCAAGUACAGGACCUGGGAACGCCUGCCAUCCUCCCCGAGCCACCGAGAGAUGGAUCGACAACUCCGUUUACCUCCCCUUCCUCUUUGCCACAUCCUGAUCUUCAAACCGGCGUCGCUCGUGACCACGCCAUACCCUGAGGGAUUUUCGCUCGGGCUUUUGUGGCCGCGCGGCCUCAAAAACCUUCCAUCGUACGUCAAGGCGAAGUGGACAGUCGGUUCUGACGAUGAUGGGAUCGUCGCGACCUGCCCUGGGUUCGGCGAGGAAGGGAAUGAGAUGUGGGAGGUUGACCCAGAGCGGGAGGAUGAGGACGCGGCUGCGGCUGCUUGA